UCAUCCAUUAAAAUACUGCGAGGUUGGUAUUACGCUAUGGGAAAUUUUCUUGGAUGAAUUCUAAAGUCUAAGCACUUUGUGCAUUUGCGCGACUACAUUUUUACGUUACCGGCAAAAAUGGCGGACCUUGAUGUGCCAGACUUGGAGUAUCAUGUCACUUUCCCAACCGCAAUUUCCACGGAAAGCGGGGACGGAAACAGCGACAACCCAGCUCUAUCGGAUCGCAAAGAACCAGUAGUUAUUUUACUCGGUUGGUUGGGCUGCGAAGACCGGCAUCUCAGCAAGUACAGUGCCAUCUACCACUCGAUCGGUUUCACCACAGUCCGCUACACGGUGCCGCGCGAACUCAUUCUCACGCCAAGCCCCGCGAAGUUGAAAGUCGUCGCAAGGAAAGUCCUGGAACUUGUGUUUGACUUGGGGCUGGAGGAAAACGUGGUGUUCUUCCACGUUUUCAGCAACGGUGGCUGCUUUCUCUACAGGUAUAUCACGCAGUAUCUGCACAACCCGGCAUACGAAGGAGGAGAACUGGCUUCGAUAAAAGUGGGCGGGUGCGUCUUCGAUAGCGCACCUUGUGACACCGACCUGUUGACGCAUAUCAAAGUGCGCAACAGACAAGACAAGACAAGUGGAUUCUUCAUGCGUAUCGUCUACACACUACUGCUCCUCCUGGGGACCCUCUUGAGUUUCUUCGUACCGGUGAGUUGGUCGGGGAACAUACCCCAAGAGCUUCGGUCCUUCAUGUCUGACAUGAAAUCGGACCCGUCCCGCUACCCACAACUGUUUCUCUACUCCAAAGAAGACCCUGUCUGCAAUUGGAGAAAGGUGGAUGAUGUGGUGGAGGCGCGCAGAAAGAAGUACGUGGAGGUUCAGCAAGUGUGCUGGGAGACCGCGCCCCACUGCCGCCUCCUCCUUGCUCACCCUGACGAGUACAUUCAGAACUGCAAAGAUUUUGUGCAAGGCUGCCUGCUGAAUUUUGUGGAUGAAGAUUGACUUCUCACAUAGGCCUAGUUCCCGGUAGUGGCAGAUAAUCACGAUCAGACGAUGAAGGGAUGAGACACUUAAGACGAAGACCCAGUCUUAUUCAGUCAGCAGAGUGAUGCACUCUUACAAGUGUUUAAAUCAUAACACGACAUAUCAUCUGCCUAUCAUGCCUAUGUCUGCAUGUUUAUUAAUUUCUCAGAAUCAGUACUCUGGUGUUUCUGCAUUUUGCAUAAAUGUGUUGUGGACUUGUGGUAUGAAAAAAAAGCUGUAACUGCCUCACUGAAGUCCUUGUACAACCAUGGAGGAAUAAAAUUCCUCCAUGGUACAACUAGGCCAAUAAAGUUUUAUUGACAAAGUCAAAAGAGGAUGCUUACAUUUAAGCUGGUCUACCAUCUUGCAGUUGCAAUCAGAACGUCAAGAUAUCAGAUUUUUGAAAUGCGAAUUUGUCAUUAUUUUUGCUCCUUAAAAAAAAAAAGAAAAGUUAAAUGGUCUCAUGAGGACCAUAUUUGGGUUUGGAGCAAUUUGUUGUUCAAUUUGAUAUGUUCAAAUUAAAUGAAGCACCACUACAUGUAAGUGUUAGUUUAAUACCAGUACAAAACCUGAUGUUUCAAAAAUGCAUUGUGUAUAUAUAUUUUAAUUUAAAAUAAAAGUAAUUUAACAUUAACAUUUUUAUUGCAAUAAUACCUGAGGGUUGCACGCAGUGUGGAUGUUUAUCGAACAAGUUACAUCAAUCCCAACAAAUUUCAAAAUACAAGUAGCAAAACUGUAUACUUAAAACUAAGUUUAAUUUAGUUUUCAAUGAUACUUGUUAAAUUCACUAGGUCUGAAAAGAGUUUUGAAAAAAUUUUGACUUGGGACUUUUGUCCAAGUUUAUGCCUAUAUGAAGCAAACUUCAGAAUUUGCAUCUGAAAUCCAAACGGUCAACAUUCUUUACAUUUGAAGAGAAUAAUUUGCAUGUAUAUAUUUUUUGUUUUCACUUUUUAUAUAAAUUCACAAGAAACAUUUGUUGUGUCUCACUGUUUGCUAUUGUUCUGAAUGUCGUUAUGAUGUUAUAAAAGUUGUGCUUGAUGCAAUGCC